GCCCAUGCCUGCGCCAUUGUGGAUCUGUUUGUGACAACGGCGCUCUACUUGAAUUAACCCAAUAUACUUCUAAAAAACAUUAUCAGGGGUAUAUCGUUAGUGUUUGAACAUCUCGCUCUGAAGAAGAGGACGGGAAAUAGCAGUACCGGUACACAAAACAGAGUAUAAAUCUGCGAAAAACUCCCUGCGUCCCUGUUGAUAAAGGGGACUAUACCAACUCCGGCAUGGGGAGGGAGUUACCUGAAUUAAAAUUGUAUUCAUUGGAAAAACUAGAGCUACAAACAGUUAAUUAACGGUGUUACAAUUGAAAAUAAUGUUCAUUUUUAAUUAAAAGGUAUCCGAUAUGACAAUUUCCUGUUGCGGUUCAUAUUAGAUGAAUUGUUAAACCGCGCUGAUCGGUUUGUAUUUUGUGAUUGGUAUAUUCCUCGUUCUGUGGGAGACAGACCCGUUCAGACACUGAGGGAGAGGAGAGAGGCGAUGUGGAGUGGCUGCUAACGGCUGUCACCUGAAGAGAAGAAAGGACACAUUCACUGAGGAGACGGUCAGAGCGAGUGACUAGAGCACUAGAGCUGUGCUGCACAUCCCACUGACAAGACCUGAAGACUGUCUUAUCUUGGUGAAAGCCAAGGAACAAAGAUGGAGUCUGUUUACAUUAAACAGGAGGAGGUUCAGGAAUUGGUACCUAACUGCAUUAAACAGGAGAUGCCUGAACUGGAGCCUGUCCACAUUAAACAAGAGACUGAACUGGAGCCUGUCCACAUUAAAGAAGAGACUGAACUGGAGCCUGUCCACAUUAAAGAAGAGACUAAACUGGAGCCUGUCCACAUUAAAGAAGAGACUGAACUGGAGCCCGUCCACAUUAAAGAAGAGACUGAACUGGAGCCUGUCCACAUGAAAGAAGAGACUGAACUGGAGCCUGUCCACAUGAAAGAAGAGACUGAACUGGAGCCUGUCCACAUUAAAGAAGAGACUGAACUGGAGCCUGUCCACAUGAAAGAAGAGACUGAACUGGAGCCUGUCCACAUGAAAGAAGAGACUGAACUGGAGCCUGUCCACAUGAAAGAAGAGACUGAACUGGAGCCUGUCCACAUUAAAGAAGAGACUGAACUGGAGCUUGUCCACAUUAAAGAGGAAGAGACUGAACUGGAGCCUGUCCACAUGAAAGAAGAGACUGAACUGGAGACUGACCACAUGAAAGAAGAGACUGAACUGGAGCCGGUCCACAUGAAAGAAGAGACUGAACUGGAGCUUGUCCACAUUAAAGAGGAAGAGACUGAACUGGAGCCUGUCCACAUUAAAGAGGAGUCUAUUGACUUGUUUAAGGAUUCAGAAAAUAUAUUCCGGCCAAAGAUAUAUCAUUGUAAUGAAUGUGUGAAGAGCUUCAGUCAGUUAGGAAACCUAAAAACACACCAGCGAAUUCACACUGGAGAGAAGCCAUAUCACUGUACUGAAUGUGGGGAGAGCUUCACGCAGUUAGGAACCCUAAAAAGACACCAGCGAAUUCACACUGGAGAGAAGCCAUAUCGCUGUUUUGAUUGUGGGGAGAGCUUUGUUGAGUCAGGAAACCUACAGAAACACCAGCGAAUUCACAGAGGAGAGAAGCCGUAUCACUGUAAUGAAUGUGGCGAGAGCUUCAGGCAGUUAGGACACCUAAAAAGACACCAGCGAAUUCACACUGGAGAGAAGCCAUAUCAAUGUACUGAAUGUGGGGAGAGCUUCAGUCAGUUAGGAAACCUAAAAAGACACCAACGAAUUCACACUGGAGCCAGCCUCCCUCCCUCCCAGUCCCUCACCUCUCCACCCUGCUUGUUUGAGUGUGUGGACAACUGACUGAUUCCUUGUCUGUCUCUCACCCUGCAGUAAAUGAAGGGGGUCUCCAGGAGUGAGAGCCAGCCUGAAUCCAGAGACACUGAGAAGGGGACCAUGUCAAACUGAAGGAGACAGACCCAUUCUUUCAGAAUGAACUGGAGAGCCCUGGGAUUCAGCUCCACUCCUGCCCCUGAAUUGGAAAUGAAUCUCACCCAUCAUGCUGUGAGGAUUUAGGACAGAGUUACAGGGUGAUUCUACUUAGAACAGACACAUUGGAAAUAUAUGCCAAGCUUUUUCUAUGAACACUUUUAUAUGUGUGAUACGAAUCCAACACAUUAAGCUGCCAGUAACAUACAUAAUAUAUGUUUAAUGUAAUUUGAGCUAAAAAUGACAUUACUGUUCCAAUGUCUGAGAACAAUAUAAGAUACAGAAGUGGAUUGUUUAAAAGAAACUAAAACUAAGAAUAUCUUCAUGGGUGUGGCAGCAAUGUGUGCUUCAUCUAACUAGCACCAGUGAAGACACAAGCUGAAACAAACUGUUUCUUUUAAUUCUUUAUUUUAUUUCAAGUGGUGCAAACUUUGCACUGGAGCAGAUGCUGUUUGUGAAUGAAUGAAUCUGCUUUGCUGAGUGUUUAAAUGCUGAAAAACUCCAAAAACAAUUUUCAUAAAUGUUGCAUUCGUUAAAAAAUCUGCAAAACAUACAGUACUGUGCAAAAGUUUUAGGCAGGUGUGAAAAAAUGCUGUAAAGUAAGAAUGCUUUCAAAAAUAGACAUGUUAAUAGUUUAUAUUUAUCAAUUAAAAUGCAAAGUGAGUGAACAGAAGAAAAAUCUACAUCAAAUCAAUAUUUGGUGUGACCACCCUUUGCCUUCAAAACAGCAUCAAUUCUUCUAGGUACACUUGCACACAGUUUUUGAAGGAACUCGGCAGGUAGGUUGGCCCAAACAUCUUGGAGAACUAACCACAGUUCUUCUGUGGAUUUAGGCAGCCUCAGUUGCUUCUCUCUCUUCAUGUAAUCCCAGACAGACUCGAUGAUGUUGAGAUCAGGGCCCUGUGGGGGCCAUACCAUCACUUCCAGGACUCCUUCUUGUUCUUCUUUACGCUGAAGAUAGUUCUUAAUGACUUUCGCUGUAUGUUUGGGGUCGUUGUCAUGCUGCAGAAUAAGUUUGGGGCCAAUCAGAUGCCUCCCUGAUGGUAUUGCAUGAUGGAUAAGUAUCUGCCUGUACUUCUCAGCAUUGAGGAGACCAUUAAUUCUGACCAAAUCCCCAACUCCAUUUGCAGAAAUGCAGCCCCAAACUUGCAAGGAACCUCCACCAUGCUUCACUGUUGUCUGCAGACACUCAUUCGUGUACCGCUCUCCAGCCCUUCGGCAAACAAACUGCCUUCUGCUACAGCCAAAUAUUUCAAAUUUUGACUCAUCAGUCCAGAGCACCUGCUGCCAUUUUUCUGCACCCCAGUUCCUGUGUUUUCGUGCAUAGUUGAGUCGCUUGGCCUUGUUUCCACGUCGGAGGUAUGGCUUUUUGGCCGCAAGUCUUCCAUGAAGGCCACUUCUGACAAGAUUUCUCCGGACAGUAGAUGGGUGUACUAGGGUCCCACUGUUUUCUGCCAAUUCUGAGCUGAUGGCACUGCUGGACAUCUUCCGAUUGCGAAGGGAAGUAAGCAUGAUGUGUCUUUCAUCUGCUGCAGUAAGUUUCUCAACGGUCCUCAACGUUGCCCGUUUCUUUGUGCUUCUUCAAAAGAGCUUGGACAGCACAUCUGGAAACCCCUGUCUGCCUUGAAAUUUCUGCCUGGGAGAGACCUUGCUGAUGCAGUAUAACUACCUUGUGUCUUGUUGCUGUGCUCAGUCUUAAACUGUCUUCAGCAACCUCACCUUGUUAGCUGAGUUUGGCUGUUCCUCACCCAGUUUUAUUCCUCCUACACAGCUGUUUCUGUUUCAGUUAAUGAUUGUGUUUCAACCUACAUAUUGAAUUGAUGAUCAUUAGCACCUGUUGGUAUAAUUGUUUAAUCAUACACCUGACUAUAUGCCUACAAAAUCCCUGACUUUGUGCAAAUGUACCUAGAAGAAUUGAUGCUGUUUUGAAGGCAAAGGGUGGUCACACCAAAUAUGGAUUUGAUUUAGAUUUUUCUUCUGUUCACUCACUUUGCAUUUAGUUAAUUGAUAAAUAUAAUCUAUUAACAUGUCUAUUUUUGAAAGCAUUCUUACUUUACAGCAUUUUUUCACACCUGCCUAAAACUUUUGCACAGUACUGUACAUGCUGCAACAUUACCAUUAUUACUACAUUCAUAGUUUCUACAGUUUAUGAAUAAUUGAUCUAAACAAUCUGCAGAGUGAAGUUGCCUCAGACUGUUUGACAGUAACAGAGCUGGUGCUUUUGUGGAAUCACCAUUAGCUGUUUUAUCCUUUGGGCAACAUAUGGCUUGUUUGCUUGUAUCUUGUAUUGGUAUGCUAUCAUUAGAGUGACAAUACAGUACACCCUGAGGCAGGCUUAGCUAUUUAGAAAGGGUUUCAUUUAAAUUGAGUUUGAUUUCCAGUAUCUGGUAUAUAAAGGGUACAUUAUGGUGUUUCCAUUACCUCUGUAUGUAAAAGGUUUGUCAUUGUUUAAACUGCCAUUGAUUCCUGAGCUAGAUCUGCAGUGGAACUGAACAAACCCAAGGGACACAUUGGAAAAUACAAGCUUGUCAAAGGGGGAGAUGCUGCUGCAGGUUUGAUAAUAUUGGCUUCAUGAAAUGAGAAAUGGAAUUCUCUCUGUGUCAUGGAAUUCCUUUGCUAGUGUAUCAUGAUGUAAGCCCUGGAGUGUGGGCUCAGUCUUCAUGAAAUGAGAAAUGGAAUUCCUUUGCUAGUGUAUCAUGAUGUAAGCCCUGGAGUGUGGGCUCAGUCUUCAUGAAAUGAGAAAUGGAAUUCCUUUGCUAGUGUAUCAUGAUGUAAGCCCUGGAGUGUGGGCUCAGUCUUCUCUGCUGCCUGCUUGUUCUCAGUGUGUGAGUUCAGCUGCAUUUCCAGUGUCCUGAGCUGGGCUUUGAACACACUGGGGACGCAGCUGAGAACAAGCCAGACCCACGACUCAGGGAUUUUGUUUUAGAUCAAAUGACAAGAUGAUAAACCUUAUACGCAUAACACUGUUUUAUUGUUUUUACAUUUUUUUUUCUAUGAAUGUAUAAGACUUAGAAUCUCUUUGCAUUGUGUAGCUAUUUAUACAUUUUCAGUUUACAUAUUAAAAAGCACAGCUAAGUCUAUUAGAAUAUAACUUUAUAGAAUUAACUGAUUUUGCUUCAUAAAGUCGAAUGAAAUCUGUGGAAUAAUGUUAUGUUAACAUAUUGAAUUACAUACCGCUUUGUAGUUUUCCAUGUACUUAAUGAAAAACUGACAAUUGAAAAAUCAGACAUUUCAAAAUCUAACAUGAAAUACCAUACUAGUAUUAUGGCUUCCAGUAGACUUUUGCUAUACAAUUUUGCAGUUUUUUUUGAUGACAUGAUGUUAAAUAAAAUAUCUAAACUAUG